AUGCCCGGGCCGUCCUGGCCACUAGAGUCGUGCCACUCGGAGCCACCACCGCAGCUGCGCCGCCAGAUCCGCAGGUCCGGGCCGCCCCUGGCCGCCAUAGCCGCGCCGCCAGUAGCCACCGCCGCAGCUGCGCAGCCGGAGCCACCACCGCAGCCGCGCCGAGCACCCCCCGCUGAGCUCCUCCAAGGCCGCCGCACGAGCGCAUCCGCCGGGUUCCUCCUGGGCCGCUGUGCCGAGCCGCGCCGAGCAGCCCUGCUGGGCUCCUCCGUGGCCGCCGGUCCGAGUGCCGGGGCCGGGGUCCUCCGCGGCGUCGAGCGCUUGGGCCGGGGUCGGGGCCGCCGCCGCGCCGAGCGCCGGGCCGGUGUCCUCCGCGGCCGAGCGCAGCCGCCAACUCCUCCGCGGCCGCCGCUCCGAGCACCACCGCCGGCUCCUCCGCAGCCGCCCUACAUCCACCAGGUCGACCUCCAUGCCAUGGGAGAGAGGAGAGAUGGGGAGAAGAUAGAAGAGAUGUGCAGAGGAGAGAUAAGAGAGUGGGGAUGGUUUGCUGCAGAUAAGAAGAGAAAGAGAGGACCACUCUGGCGCCGCGACUUUUCAAUUUUUUUGGGGGCGGUCCUCUCCUUCCAAACAACGUCGUUGUCUUCGGCUUCUUCCAUCGGCAUCGAUGCAUCAUUCCUCAGCUGCCUCUCCGCAGACAUCCCGCCUCGCCUCGUCCACACCCCAGCAACCAACUCCUACGAUGCGCUCCUUCUCUCCUCCGUCCGGAACCUCCGUUACGCGUUGCCAGGCACCGCGAGGCCCGUUGUGAUCGUUGCGGCCACCGAGCCCGCCCAUGUGCAGACCACUAUUCUCUGUGGCCGCCGCCAUAGCGUCCGCAUCCGCACGCGGAGCGGCGGCCACGACUACGAGGGCCUCUCCUACGCCUCCCUCGACCCGCGCCAGCGGUUCGCUGUGCUCGACCUCGCCGAGCUCCGCGCGAUCCACAUCGACACAGCACGAGCCGAGGCCUGGGUCGGGUCAGGCGCCUCCCUCGGCGAACUCUACUACGCCGUCGGCGCUGCCAGCCGCACGUUGGCGUUCCCCGACGGCUCCUGCCCCACCGUUUGCGUCGGCGGCCACCUGAUCGGCGGCGGGUUCGGCUCGCUGGCGCGCAAGUACGGCCUUUCCGCAGACAACGUCCUUGACGCCGUGGUCGUGGACGCCCAGGGGAGGCUACUGAACAGAAGCACCAUGGGGGAGGACCACUUCUGGGCCAUCCGGGGUGGCGGCGGCGAGAGCUUCGGCGUGGUCCUGUCCUGGAAGGUGCGGCUCGUGCGCGUGCCCGAAACCGUAACCGUGUUCGGCAUCCGGCGGUUCAGAAACCAGUCCGCCGUCGGCCUCAUCACCAGAUGGCAAGACAUCGCGCCGGCGCUUCCCUGGGACCUGUACCUCCGCGUCCUCGUGCAGAACCCGCAGGCGGACUUCGUGGCCCUGUUCCUCGGCCGGUGCGGUCGCCUCGCCCGCAUCAUGCAGCGUCGCUUCCCAGAACUUGGGAUGACACGAGCGGACUGCCAGGAGAUAAGCUGGGUCCAAUCCACCAUCUUCAUCGAGUUCUUCACGACCGCCAAACCACUCGAGGUGCUCCUGGACAGGAGCAACAAGCCAGGCUACUACCUCAAGGUGAAGUCCGACCACGUGCAGGAAGCCAUCCCAAGGCACGCGUGGGAGAGCAUAUGGGCCAAGUGGCUAGACGAGCCCGGGACGCCGCCGAUCAUGCUGGAUCCCUACGGCGGCCGGAUGGGCAGCAUCUCGCCGUCGGCGACGCCGUUCCCGCACCGGAACUACCUCUACCAGCUCCAGGUCUACUCGUUCUGGUUCGAGAAUGGGACAGAAGCACUGGAGAAGCGGAUCAGCUGGGUCAGGGGAGUGCACGAGGAGCUGGAGCCGUACGUGUCCAGGAACCCAAGAGCUGUGUAUGUGAACUACAGGGACUUGGACCUGGGGACGAAUGGAUUGGAGAAUAACGUGACCAGCUACGAGAAGGCCAAAGUUUGGGGGGAGAAGUAUUUCAAGGGUAAUUUCAAGAGGUUGGCCGCCGUGAAGAGAAAGGUGGAUCCUGAUGAUUUCUUCAGGAAUGAGCAGAGCAUCCCUCCCCUUCCAGCAGCAGCUAAAGGGUAG